AGCUCAGGGGAAAGUUCUCCCUCGCUGACAGCACUGAUUGGCUACCCGCCCGCCCAGCAGCCCCACUGGACCCCAGGGAACGUGUUAAUCCACCCCAGCACUCCCAAAAGCUCUGCGAUAUUUCGCAUGCUGAGGUGUUUUGACCCUAGCGGACACUGUAGUCUCAAACUGUCAUGGCGGCCUCCAGCAGAGGCAUGACGUCUGACUCCUUGCACCAUUCCGAGUACAUGGCCGGUACCAAGUCCGCUACAGUUGACCGUGGUCUGGGUGGGACUCUCAUUGCUGUUGGGCUUGGAGUAGCGGCUGCAGCAUUUGCAGGUCGCUUCGCAUUCCAAUUAUGGAAACCUUUGGGACAAGUUAUUGUAGAAAAUGCCAAAAAAAUUUCAACUCCAAGCCUUUCAUAUUAUUACAAAGGAGGAUUUGAGCAGAAAAUGAGUAGGAGAGAAGCAAGCCUUAUUUUAGGUGUCAGUCCAUCUGCUGCAAAGUCCAAAAUUCGGGCUGCCCAUCGGAAAAUAAUGAUUUUAAAUCAUCCAGAUAAAGGUGGUUCUCCUUAUAUGGCUAUGAAAAUAAAUGAGGCAAAGGAUUUAUUGGAAUCUGGCAACAAGCAAUGAUCUAAAAUAUGUGAACUUAAAUAAUUCCUCUAAUAUUCUAUUUUGGUAGUUUUUUACAAUUAUGUAUUUGUGGUCCUUAACUUAUAAUUUGGCUUUGAAUGUGUUUUUUAGUCUAAACUAAAAAAAUAAAUAUAUAUAUAUAUAUAUAUAUAUAUAAACAUAUAUGUUAAUGGUUCAUCAGCUUUUAAAAUGGGUCUGUCAAUUGUGUAUUCUCUACAAGAAUAUAAAGUGUCAGAUCUCUGCGUGGAAUUAAACACUGAAGGGAAAAAAAUGUAGAUAUAAUUCUUCGAUACAACUUAUUCCGACAGUUAUGGUACAGAGAGUCUUUUUGUGU